UAAGAGUGGACCGAACCACUCGUGUUUCCAUUCUCUCCCCCCUCUUUUUACUUCCGAUCUUUUCUUAUUUCGGCCUCCCCUGACUACUAGUUCUUCUUUUGUAUCAUUCGCUUUUGGUCGACAACGAGCCCCAGUGGCCCUAUUUUGACAGUCAAUUAAAUAUAGUGCAUCACGUGUGCAAAUAGUAGGAGGGAAACUACGUUUCCAUACGUUCGCACACGGAUUUUCAAAGGCCCAAUUUAAAAACAUUUCCCUUCUAGAUUUGCGGCUGGAUAAUUUCGGUAUUACUCCAACAUGACUAUUCCCGAAAGUGAUUCAAUUCGACAACGCUCAUCUCAAGACGAUACGAAUAAAAAUCGCACAGAAUCUUUAUCAAAAGACGAUCAUGGACAUAGUAGUUCGACCAACAGUAUUAAUGACAGUAGCUUAACCGAAGCCGUGUCAAACAUUAAAGAUGAUCUGCAAAUGAAUCGGCGGGUGGGGCUCUUCAGCGGCGUUGCUCUCGUCGUGGGAACAAUGAUCGGCUCCGGUAUCUUCGUGUCGCCAGGAAAUCUUCUUGGGAAUGCAGGGUCUCCAGGUCUUUGCCUCGUCCUCUGGGGUGUCUGUGGUGUAUAUUCUUUACUAGGUGCCAUAUCUUAUUGCGAGAUUGGAACGCUGAUACCAAAAUCAGGCGGCGAGUAUAUUUACUUUCUGGAAGCUUUCGGACACACGCACAAGUUCUUCGGCCCGAUUUUGGCUUUCAUAUUUGCAUGGACUGUGGUUUUUCUAUUGAAACCUUCUUCACUCGCCAUUCUGUCGCUUUCGUUCGCCAAAUAUUUGACUUCUCCAAUUCUGACGGCAGUCGAUUUCUGCACUGAUGAUACCUACCUCUAUUACGUGAUAAAUCGACUAGUGGCCUCAUUAUGCAUAGGUCUGAUUACAUUUGUAAACUGUUACUCGGUAACAGCUGCAACGAGAGUGCAAAACAUUUUCACGGUGGCGAAACUGACGGCCAUCGCCAUUGUCAUUGGCGGAGGGUUGUAUUAUCUCGGUUUAGGAUACACUGAGAACCUUGAAAUCGGAUUCGAAGGGUCAGCCUCGUCUUUUGGACAAAUAGUGACGGCCUUCUACGGCGGCCUUUGGGCUUACGAUGGAUGGAAUAAUUUAAAUUUCAUCACCGAAGAACUGCAGAAUCCAUACAGGAAUCUGCCGCUGGCCAUUAUUAUUGCUCUUCCCUUGACCACCGUUUGCUAUGUACUCAUCAAUGUGUCAUACUUGACCGUUUUGACACCACAAGAAAUCAUUUCUUCUAAUGCGGUAGCUGUGGAUUGGGGUAAUGCAGUCCUGGGUCCUGCCAGUUUCUUGAUUCCACUUGGAGUGGUAAUGUCAGUGUUUGGUACUGCCAACGGCUCCAUGUUUACCGCAGGAAGGAUAUCACACGUAGCUGGAAGGGAAGGCCACGCUCCCGACUUUUUAUCCUACAUCCACAUUGAGAAGAAAACACCUGUAGCUCCGAUUUUAUUGAACAGUCUACUAGGAAUACUCAUGAUUAUCCCGGGGGACAUUGGAACACUGAUUGAUUUCUUCGGCUUUACGGCUUCAAUCUUCUACUGUGCCGCAAUGGUGGCGUUGAUAGUAAUGCGAUUCACGAAAAAGAACGAGCACAGACCCAUUAAGGUACCCAUCAUCAUUCCGAUUAUUGUUAUGUUGGUUUCAGCUAUUCUAGUCGUCGUGCCCAUCGCUGCAGCCCCGCAAGUGCAAUACUUUUAUGCGCUGUGUUUCAUCUUCGCCGGCCUUAUUUUCUACGUACCUUUUGUUUAUUACAAGAAAACGGUACCGGGAAUGAAAUCGUUUACUAUUUUCUGCCAGAAGGCCCUUCAGAUCGCCCCUACAACAGGCCACUAAAUCAAACGAAAUCGAACGACAAAAAUCGGGAAAGCUUUUCUAUG